UUUGCGCAGGCGCGGCCCCGCCCCGCCGCCGCCGCUCCUCGCCGGCCUCGCCUCGCCUCGUCCUCGCGGUGCGGAUUUCGACGGGCAGCGCCGCCGGGACGCGAGAUGGGCGUCCGCUUGGAGACCAUCGCCCCCGGGGACGGGCGGACCUUCCCGAAGCGCGGGCAGACCUGCGUGGUGCACUACACGGGGAUGCUGGAAGACGGGAAAAAGUUCGACUCCUCCCGCGACAGGGGCAAGCCUUUCAAGUUCGUGAUGGGCAAGCAGGAGGUCAUCCGCGGCUGGGAAGAAGGGGUCGCCCAGAUGAGCGUCGGCCAGAGAGCCAAGAUGACAAUCUCACCAGAUUAUGCUUACGGGGCUACCGGGCACCCUGGCAUCAUCCCACCCAAUGCCAUCCUAAUUUUUGAUGUGGAGCUCAUGAAGUUGGAAUGACAAAGAGGCCCCCGUCCUCCCAUUUCCCUGCUCUGGGGUUCGGCACAUGGAGAAAUCCGGAAAUCUUUGCUUCAAGAUGAAUGCACAUGAAUUUGUAUGCAGCUUCCCCGGCUACCCGCUACACUCGGUGUAACCCUCCGCCCCGAUCCGAAUGUUCUGAGCCGCUCGUCGGCUCCGCUUCCUUGUUUCUCCUCCGUUCUUCGACGUUUUUGAGCUCUGUGCUAUAAACCUCAGCUAUUCUUCCUCUCUCUCUCUCUCUUUUUUUUUUGGGGGGGAGGGGGUUCGUCGGGUUCUUUAACCUUCCCUUGUUGGGUUUUUUGGGCGUAGACUUGAGUUGUGUGCGGUUGAGCAUUUCUGUCUAAUUGGUUCACCUUCUCAUAGGAAAUUCUUGCUGGAAGGCAAAUCUGCUUUGCUGUGUUUGUUUUUGGAAGUACCUACUGCAGUGUCCCUCCAGCUGGGCCACUUGAAGAUGGGUGGGCUACGUGCUGGCUGGGGAAUUCUGGGAGUCGUAGUCCACCCAUCUUCAAGUGGCCCAGCUGGAGGGACACUGGUCUAUUGUAUUAAAAACCAGUUUGCUGCUGCAAAGCCAUACAAAGCAAUUGAGAGGAGUAGACACAGGAGUGGAGAAGGCCCUCUGCCCCACGCCCUCCUUGCUCCCGUCCAGGGGGGAGGGCAGGUCCCUCUCGCAGUAGGGCCUUGGCCUCUUCCUCCCCCCCGCACCGAGGUGGCCGCGGACUUUUUACCGGUUUUUCAGGAGAUUUUUAACUUUCCAAGGGGACGUUCCACGCCGCCACUCCCCAGCCGCCACGGCGGAGAUGCCAGAGCGUUCCCUGUUGAAAUCUGAUGCUGGUCGUCGCAGCUUGCAACAGCCUCUUCUACCCCACGCACCAUCCCUUCUGCUGCGGUCCCAUCUCCCCCCCUCCGCCCCCUUUCCCCCACGUCGUGAGUUUUGGUAAGAGAAUCGCCACUGCCCCCCCCCCCUUCCUCCACAGUCAUCACGUGAACGUACAGAGUUUUAUUAUUGCAAUAAAAACGCUUUAUGCUGGCUUUUCUCAA